AUGACGAUGCUCGUGGAUUCACUGUCGAAGAUCGAGGCCAACAAAUGGACGGCAUUUCCUGGUGGAGCUUCCGCCAAUGUGGCCACAGCCUGUUGCAAACUCGGUACAAAGGCAGCCUAUAUUGGAUGCCUCGGACAAGAUGAAGACGGAGGUCAAUUGGAAGCGCUGUUGAAAGAAACUGGAGUGGAUACCUCCUUAAUACAACGAGACGAAAGUAUGCCGACACGGCGAGUCAUGGUGACACAAGCAUCAUGUGCAAAAGUAUUUAAGACAGCCUCUCUGGAAACCUUUCGGCGUCUUCUUGAUUUUCGUGGCGCCGGUCACAAGCCCCUUCUGUCAGCGCCUCCAACCCCAAAGAUGUCUCUUCCGUUUCCUGUAAUUGCUCCCCAUGUUCUAUAA